CCGAGUAGUCGCGUUCGGCAGCCGGACAAAGCAAGGCUCCGCCGCACUCGCGCUCGAGAACUCACUGGGAAGAACGUCGUCCUCGCGCCGGGCCUUUGGGGAACUGGCCCUCGAAGCAAGACUGGUCGUGCUGAGUGUGCUUCAUGUUGGUUGCUGCUAACUGAUGGACACCUGAUUUUGUGUUUGCAGAAAGGGAUUGGCGUAAUGUGCCCAUGGUGAUAUUGAGGAAAAAGACACGUCUUAUGUAUACGAACUGAAUCAUUUAUACGUUGUAAGGCAAUGAAACAUAUAAACAAAUCAUCGCGUAAAUAAAACUGUAUACAUAGUCAAAUGAGUGUGUAGAUGUGUAAUUGAACAAAGAGAUAAAUGAACUUACCUGAAGUUAAGUGUAAUUACAAAAGAAAUUCUUUACUACCGAGUAAAACCUACAACUUGAGAUAAAGUGCAUUUAUGGGGCACUGAAAAGAACGAACUAACCAGGAAAGACGUCAUACAUCAGGAAGGAAAGUCUGACAUUCUAAGAGAAGCUUUGGUUGAUUUUCUAGUGAAUACACAAAAGCUUCAGUUCUACUUCUUGGUUUCUUUUCGGGGAAAAUGAGAGCUGCUCAACAUCCGACAAAAUAUUCCGCUCUUCUGCUCCUGUUGCUCGCGGAACAUGCCUGCGCUGCCGCCACCACCACGCCCAGGAGCCACGGAGGAGCGGACGAAGGCGACGACUCCACAGGAACAACCGCUGGCGUCGGCGCUGAGGGCGUCCCGGGGUUGCUGGAGCUGAGUCAGGCGGUGACUCAGCUGACUCAGAGACUCGCUACACUCGAAGUUAGUCUCGAGUCACGCUUUCUGAGACUUGGAGAAACGAUGACUAAGGGGGACGCGUUGCUCGAGGCCAUCGGCGCCCGCAUGAGAAAAGUGGACACCCUGGUGGAGAAGGUGGAGGCCCUGGACACCCGCCUGACCCACGAGACGUCCUCCCUGCACUCCACUCUCAGGGAUACCAAUAGAGACCUUCAGGGCAUGGCGACAAAGCUAGGGGCGCUGGAGAACAAGGUCGAGGCAGGAGACGGGUCACGGCAUGAAACUAGGUCACACCACCAAGGAACGUCUGAAUUCAGCUCCGAAACCGAGAUUGCAGCGCAGGUCAAUCGCCGCGUGGGUCAGUACCUGGACACUACCCUGCCGCUCCUCUUCCAGCAGUCGAUGGAGCCGCUGUUCCUUAAGAUUUCCAAGAAGAUGGAGAAGGGCGUCGGCGAGCUGAUGGAGGCGUGGCAGCAGUCGCGCGAGGGGCUGGAGGACCUCGGGACUCAGACGCUGAGGGCGGCGAUGGAGGUGCGGGAGGAGGUGCAGGCGGAGGGGAAGAGGGUCGAGUCCGCCGUCCAAGAUAUCCACGAGAAGAUGCUCUCCCUCCACCAGGAUCUCGUCGCCAAGUUGACGAGACCGGCGCCAUCCUUAGGUGAAUUGCGGCCCGUCCUGCAGCAGGUGAACCAGAGCGUGGCCCAAAGCGUGGCCAGGGCUGCUGCCGGGCUGAACGUGUCCUUGCUGGAGGAAGCGGCCAGGAGGAACGUCGGGUCGGCUUCGCACGGCGCCGGCGAGAGGUACGGGCGGCCUCCUUUCGAGCCCCUGCACUGCCCGGACCCCAGCACCAUCGCUGCCCUCGAGGAGGUUAAGAGAUUACUUCAGUCUGUGCUGAAGAAAAGCGACGACUUACGACGUGGUCUAACGAAGCAGACGAGCGAGGGCGUGGACCUCUUGAAGCUCCUUCACCAAAGGUUUUCUGUCCUUCUUCGGCGCAUGAACACUGAGCCUAAUCAUGGUCAGAUGCUUCGAGCUGAAAUGCAAGAAUUGGGCUCCUUGGUGGAGUCUUCAUACUCAGCUGUUCUCGUCGCCCAGAACGCCUUCAUCGAGUCUUGCGAACGCAUUCAGAUGGAGGAACCGACGCUCGAACUCAAAAUCACCGAAAUCCUGGAUAAACUCGUGACGAAUAUUGAUUUAGGACACCAGUUUAAUCGCCGCCAGCUGUCAGACCUGAGAGAAUUGGUUGAACAUCUAGGAGUAGCUGCAAACGGCGAGUCAUCUUUCUAGUUAAACCUGUCGCGAAGCAUGGGGAGGUUUGAGCAACACACAUCUCCGGCCUCCGCCGGGAAAUUCGGAAAGCUGAAGGAGGCGGUGAUGGAGGGCAUCGAGAGCGCCAACCUGACGGUGGUGAAGCUGGAGGGUCUGGAGGAAAAGGUGGACGAUCUCUCGAACGAGCUGCUUGAGACCAACUGGGCGUACUUCCAGCAGAAAGAACCCGCUGACCGGCUGACGACGGCCGCCAAGGACCUAAGGGGCUUCGUGCAAGACCAGAUCCUCCAGACACUGAACCUCCACGAAUCCCUGCUGGCUGUCCUCGAGCAGCUGACGAUCAGCAACGACGUCGAUCAGCAGCAGGAAGCCAUAACGACCAUGCACCUGGAAAUUGAGCACGAUAGCAUGGAGCAAGGAACCUUCGUCCUGCCCUCGGAGUGCACCGCGGCUCUCAUACAGCAGGUCCGCAGCCUGCCUGAGUUCCAGACCAACCAGCAGGACAGGACCACUCCUGCCACAGCCGUCGAAGGGGCCCCCGAGGACUUGUCUGCGGUGUGGUUCAGCGGCCAAGACUUCGGGACUCCGGACCGGAUGUUCCCCCUGUACGGAGACCAUGGCUGGGUCGACAGGCAGGACGACUACUCCAGCCACGACGACUACGACUCAGAGUCCGCCUCCGGAGAAACCACGUCUUCUCCGACUCCUUCUUCGACUCCUGGAGGCGUGGAUCAGUACUUCGGGAUAUUCAAAAAUUUUGCCUGAUAAUCACAAAAGUUACAACUAAUGGAUUUUGUGUAUAUAAUUAUGUUUCCCUUCAAAUGUGCAAUAUUUUUUUUUCUAACACUGAUAUAUACUAAUGGAAGUAAGAAAAUAUGGUAGUAUGCUUUCUCUGUGGAGCUGGUAUGUGACGUAAGUCUCUUGUGGACGAGUUUAUUUGUGUAAGCAUAACACAAUGAAAAUAUGUAUUUUUGUAGAUUGAAUGCUUAUAAUAAGUUUAAUGAUAAACUUGUAUAUAUGCCCACAGAAAGAGAUAG